UGUUGUAGCGGGCUCGACAUCUUGGCCAACAAUCACAACAGCACAAGUCUCCUUGCGUUUUUGUCUCACGACCAGUGUUCCUACACCCACACACAGUCCGCUGCAUUGGUAUCACUGUCUCUUUCGGAUAUCACCUCACUCAAAAGGGAGAGUAGUGUCAUAAAUCAAAGCGGAGCCUUGCCAGAAGUUGGACUGGUGGUCGAACUGUGUCCCUCCCUCUCCUCCCUUAAAAAAGGAAAAAAGCCAAGGCGCUCCCUGCCUACUCGGAAGUGGAGCUCGCUCACAAUUUUGCGCACAAGUUUCUUUCGAAAGCACAGCAGCUCUGCAGGAUCGGGCUCAAGAUCAUUAGAAUUGUUUUUUUCUGGAAUACAACUGGAAAACUGUGCCCUUCUACCUCUACAUGCAAAAUGAAUGCACAGAAAGUUGUUUUGUGUUGCUGUUGGGUGGUGCUGUUUUUGCACACUUGCCUUAGCCAGAAGGACUGCACAGGUGUGGACUGCCCGGUUCUAGAGAACUGCAUUGAAUCCGCCCUAGACGCAAAUACCUGCUGUCCCACCUGUAGACAAAGAGGCUGUUCCUGUGAAGGUUACCAGUACUACGACUGUGUCCAAGCGGGCUUCCGCGAAGGGAAAGUCCCAGAGAAGGAAUCUUAUUUUGUGGAUUUUGGAAGCACUGAAUGUGCGUGUCCUGAGGGUGGAGGGAAGAUAAGUUGCCAUUAUAUUGAGUGCCCUGAAAUUUCCCCAAACUGCAUUGAUAUUUUGGAGUUUGCUGAUGGAUGUCCGCAAUGUGGGCAAAUUGGUUGUACCCACGGCAACAAGAAAUUUGAGGCAGGGCACACAUUUCAGAUAGAUCAGUGUCAAUUUUGCCACUGUCCGAAUGAUGGAGGCAAGCUAAUGUGCUCGCCCAUUCCUGACUGUGACCUCCAAAGUGUUAAUAAGACCACACAGGCUGCUACCACUGAGAACAACAAAUCUCUAGCAGACACGAACAGCCAUCUCUCUACAACCAAGUUUGUGCAGGGAAACACUCUCCCACUGUAUAAAUCUGAUCCACCCAGUUUUGGCACAGAAGAUUAUGACUACUCACAGGCUGAGCUGACAUCUUUCUCAAUCCAAAAUCUGCCCCAACCAACUACAGUUCCACUUGGUUAUCCAGAGUCAAGCUCCACCUUAAAUGAUGAUAGAAGAAGUGCACUGAGGGAUUCUCAAAAAAAAGCUGAAACAGAGAAGAGCACUGACGACUUGCGUAACGAAGGUCCAACCAGCACAACGAUUCAAAAAGAAACAUCAACACUUCAAACAACAACUGCACAGCCAAUGACUUUGGAGAAUCACAGACAGCAGCGGAAGACGGACAGAAACAGCAGUACAAGAGCUGUGGCACAUAACACAGAUCUGAGGCACUUUCACCAACAUAAACAGACUCAAGGUAGUCAUGAUAGGAACCAUGACUUUACCCGCUCUGGUAGGCAAAAUGGUCAACAAGAAGUCUCAAUGGGGCACAUGCAAACUCCUAAUGUGAUGGAUCGGGGCUUGGAAUCCACUAUCCAGCUCCGGCCCACCAGGAUGACUGCUGUCAGGAUAAUGGAGGAUGGGGAGCUGCCCCCAAAACAACCUCAAGACCUGCCCAACUAUCAGCCCCAGGAUGUUGAGAGAGAGUUAGAAGUGUCAGUCAUGGAGCUAGUGGAAGCCUGUUGUGAGACUGGUGCAAAAUGGGCUUUUAAUGGUCACUGUAACAACAUGGAGCCACCCACUAAAGACACACAGUCCAUCUGCUGGACGUCUCAGCAACAGUGCUGCCUCGGCUCCUUGAGAGAAAGACGAUGUCUGGCUGGAAUCAGCUCAGCCAGAGACGGAGAUAAGUGCGAGGAGGAUGCCAGUGAUACGUGCGGGCUCAGUUCCUACAAGGAGUGCUGUGACUGCUGCUCCCUUGGUCUGAAGUUCAGGAGCAAGGGUCACGAGUGCAAAGCCCACCGACACAUGGGCCUUCACUGCAGACAGGCGUUCUUUUUAUGCUGUGAUGGGAUGGAGACAUGGGAUGAGAGUCAUGACAGCUCACAUGCCGUUAAAGAGAAGCCCGCUCUUAGUGCCACUUCACCACCAAAAAAAGUGUCUGAAAGCCUCUACCCGAACGAGGCCUUCUCCAUUGGUGAAGAGCGACUCGGGGAAAAUGCGGCGGAGGGGCCAAUUGAAGUGGAGGACAUAGACGAGUGCCAGAUCCAUGAGGGCAACAUCUGCCACCACAGAUGCAUAAACACACCAGGCUCUUUCCGCUGCGAGUGUUUCCCAGGAUACGUGCUGCAAGACGACGCUUUCACUUGUGCACAGGAGACAGUGGAUGAAGAGAACAUACUGAAGGAGGAUGACAGGCAGGGGGUGGAGCCCACCGCGUCUUUUACACCCCCCACCCGGCCCUUGGUGCCACUCAACCCCUGUGAAGGAAACGGCCCUUGCGACCAACAUUGCAUCCCAGAGGAUGGGAGGCCACAUUGCUCUUGUUUCCCAGGCUUCUCCCUCAUGGUCGAUAAACAAUCCUGCCAAGAUAUUGACGAGUGUACUGAAGGGAGCCAUGACUGUAUGUCCGAUUAUGAGUGCGUGAAUACAGAAGGCUCGUUCAUGUGCAACCUCAAAUCUCGCUGCUCCGUUGGAUUUGAACGGGACGCACAUGGCAACUGUAUAGACACAGAUGAAUGUCAGACUGAACCGUGUAGUUCAGGCUUUGACUGCAUCAACACAGUGGGGUCCUACACAUGCCAACGGAGGAUAAUAUGCGGCCGUGGAUAUCACAUCAGUCCUGAUAGAAGCAGAUGUAUUGAUGUGGAUGAGUGCCAAAGUGGCGCUCAUCGAUGCGGAGAGGGCCAGCUGUGCCACAACCUUCCAGGAUCUUAUCGCUGUGAAUGUCAGACUGGUUAUCAGUACGACUCCUUCGGCCGCAUGUGUGUUGAUGUAAACGAGUGCUGGCACUACCCUGGCCGUUUAUGUGCUCAGACCUGCGAGAACACGCCGGGCUCCUAUCAGUGCUCAUGCACCACCGGAUUCCGCCUUUCCAGCGAUGGCAAUAACUGUGAAGAUGUGAAUGAGUGUUUGUCUAGUCCUUGCAGUCAGGAGUGCGCCAACAUUUACGGCUCCUAUCAGUGCUACUGCAGGCAAGGCUACUUCUUGCGAGAGGAUGGCCACACGUGUGAAGAUAUCGAUGAGUGUUCUCAAAGCAUCGGCCAUCUUUGCACUUACAAGUGCGUGAACGUUCCUGGCAGUUACCAGUGUGCGUGUCCAGAGUCUGGAUACACCAUGUCUCCAAAUGGACGCUCCUGCAGAGAUGUUGACGAGUGCACCACGGGAGCUCAUAACUGCUCUCUAGCGGACACCUGCUACAACAUCCAGGGAGGCUUCCGCUGCCUUUCGCUGAACUGCCCGCCAAACUACCGCAAAGUGUCUGACACGCGCUGCGAGCGAAUCAGCUGUCCCAACUACCUGGAGUGCCAAAACUCGCCCCUUAGAAUCACCUACUACUACCUCAGUUUCCAGUCCAAUAUCGUCAUCCCAGCUCAGAUCUUCCGCAUCGGACCGUCACCUGCCUACACAGGGGACAACGUCAUCGUCAGCAUCACAAAGGGAAAUGAGGAAGGCUACUUUAGUACCCGAAAGCUAAAUUCCUACACGGGCGCCGUGUACUUACACCGACAGGUCGAGGGCCCCAGGGACUUUCUGAUUAAUGUGGAGAUGAAGCUUUGGAGACAGGGCACCUUCACCACCUUUCACGCCAGGAUUUACGUCUUCAUCACAGCCAGCUCUCUGUAACAGCUGGAGAUUCUCCGCAGGCCAAAAUGGACCUCAAAUACAUCAGUGUAAUGUCAUUAAAAAAAAAAACAAUUCAGGAAUGAUGUUCUUUACAUCAAAUUUAAAAGCACAUUAUGUCAAUUAACAUCAGAAAGAUUUCAUCAUCAUUUCAAAUGUAAUAUUUUUUACUAUUAGAUUAUGAAGCUUCAUCGACAAUGUCCAAAACCCAUCAAAGCCAGAAUAGUCUACAGUGGUAUGCAAAAGUUUGGGCGCUGCUGCUAAACAUUGGCUGGGCUAACAAUUGCUUUAUCUGGAUGUUUUUGACACAUAUGUUAUCAAUUUAUCAAAUAAUUAGUGAGCUUUGUUUGAUGAAUAGGAGUUGUAGCACAACAAAUGUUUCCACGCCAAAAUGAACACACAGUUUUUCAUGCUGCACUGCUGCCUAUCAUUUUUUACAUUUGUAUUUUUCUGAAUUCCAAAUAGAUUUUUUUGUAUUCCUUAAUUAUAUAUGUAUGAGAAUGGAUGUAUUAUAAUUUUUAUCUAGAAGCAUAAAUUGCAAAUUAAAGUGAACACCAGUGUAGACGACUGGGUGCUGACUGAA